CACUCCGAGACAUGUGGUCGCAUGAGUAGGCGAAACAACGCCAACUGCUGGGGAGACACAGCUUUUCCGCCGAGUUGGGCCUCUCUCUCCUCCUCGCCAAUUCGACACGGAAGUGACUUAUUCGUAGCUGGUUAGGAUAAUUUACGUAGCAGGUUAGGAGGCCAAGGUUGAGGCUAGGAAAGGGUUAGGGAAAAUCACUUCCGGUCGUAGCUGUAUGAAGUGGCGUGAAACGUGUCCCUUCUUCAAAUACAACAACAAGCUAGUAAGUCACUAGCCAACAUCGACGAACCUUUGAAUCUCUAUACGUUUUCGGUGUGACGUUACAUUUAUAGCCACUGUGUUUGUUUUAAACACAUUUCUGUUGUAUAUCUAGUUACCCUCUUUAAUUGCACAUAUACGUUGCUAGUAAGUUAGCUGGAUAACAUAGCACCAGGCUAGUCGCCCAUGCUAACAUCCCCGACCAUGAGUUCACUAAACUACUCCUCCCCUGACAAAGAAGAGGGGGUCUGCUUGACGGAGAAAGACGGUAUUUGGUUGAACAUUGUCGUAAAAGAUGAGAAACAAGAGGAGGAUGUCACAGUAAAAAAAGAAGAGGGUGAAGCUGUUACAGUGAAACAAGAGGAAGAAACGUUCAGAGUGAAAGAGGAGGAUGUUACCGUGAAAGAAGAGGAGGAUGCAGUUUUUGGAGUGAAGACGGAGGGAGAGAUAACUGUCACAUCGGAAGAGACAGGAGAUCGGAUUAACACCAGAGAGAGGCCAGACUGUCACUCUGACAGCGAAAAGAGUCCUUCGGGGGAACCAGACCCAGAGACGUCCAAAUCAGCAGGAAGACACCACUGCUCCCAGUGUGGAAAGAGUUUUACUCUGCUAUGGAACCUGAAAAUACAUAAGAGAAUACACUCUGGAGAAAAGCCAUACCACUGCUCCCAAUGUGGAAUGACUUUUACUUGGUUAGGUAGUCUGAAAACGCACGAGAGGGCACACACAGGAGAAAAACCUUUCCAAUGUUCUCACUGUGGAAAGAGUUUUACCCAGUUAGGGGACCUGAAUAGGCACGAGAGGACGCAUAGAGAAGAGAAGCCCUACCAAUGCUCCCAGUGUGGAAAAAGUUUUAGGUGGUUAGUGAGCCUGAAAACACAUGAGAGAAUACACACAGGAGAAAAGCCUUACCACUGUUCCCACUGUGGAAAGAGUUUUAGGGGGUCAGUGAGCCUGAAACAGCAUGAGAGAAUACACACAGGAGAGAAGCCUUACCACUGUUCCCACUGUGAAAAGAGUUUUAGGUGGUUAGGUACCUUGAAAUUGCAUGAGAGGACCCACACAGGAGAAAAGCCAUACAAAUGCUCCCUGUGUGGAAAGAGUUUUACCAAGUUAUGGGGCCUGAGUAGGCAUAAGAGGACACAUACAGGGGGGGAUAGCACCUACCACUGCUCCUUGUGUGGAAAGAGAUUUACCCAGUUAGUGGCCUUGAAAGAGCAUGAAAUAAUACAUACAAAUACACAGGAGGGGAAGACAUACCACUGUUCUCAUUGUGGAAAGACAUUUUCCCAGUCAGAGGCCCUGAAAUCACAUGAGAGAAUAGAGAGGUUGUGUUCUGACUUAUGUUUUUGACUGUGGUAUUUUUUUUAUGCCACAUGAAAUAGUCAUUACUUAGAUUGUUGUUUUUUCCAUCUUGAGACGUGAUCAUGUCUAAAAAUCUGAUUUUAAAUAUUUUAAUGUGUAUUUCGUUUUGAUUGAUUGGAUACAAGUAUAAACCCUCCAAUGCUGUUCAUUAUGUUAUUUGGAUAUUGCAAAAUGUGAAUUAUUAUAUAAGUAAGUAGCCUUGCACAAGCCUAGGCUUCUCUGAGCCAGAACGGCUCAUAGGAGCAGGAGCCUUUCUCUUAUUUCUGUAGUGUGAGGCACCUUGAUGCAGUCUAUUUAAUGAUUAUCAAGAUUCAUGGAAUUUUGUAUUUCUUGAUUCUAACCUCUUGAAUUUGAAAUAUGAUUUGGGUAUUUGCUAAGUUAAUUUGAUUGGAAACACUAUUACAGUUGCGGCCAAAUAUAUAGGCACCCUUGCACUUUUCUUGAAUAAUUCCCUAUUUCUUCCCAAGUAAGUUGAAAUUGAAAGAAUAUUUUGGUCUCCACAUCUAUUGGGAUUUUCAACAUUACGGAACCAAUUUUACUUGUGUAAACAUAUAUUUACAAUUUUAAAUCAGAAAAUAAAGCCAUGGCAUGGACAAAGUUCUUGGCAGCCCGGAGCUAUUACUUGGUUGCACUAUAUAUAUUUGACAGCAACUGUAUGAUUUGGAUAUUGCAAAAUGUAAAUGACUAAAUCGUUGAAUUGAGUGUGCAUUUCUUGAUUCUAACCUUGUAGCCUCUUGAAUUUAGUAGUUUCAUUGAGUUAAUUUUUUGAUUAAUGCAACACUUUUGUGUCAAUAGAAAUAAAAUGUGGAUGGCCUGC